AUGUACCACGUUCGCCGCCUCGCCUCCGCUGUCGCCUCGAUCGCAGCCGUCGUCUUCCUCCUCUGGUUCCUGCCCCGCGUCCUCAACCCUACGCCGCCGAACAAGGAACAGCGCGAGGCCAACAAGCGCUGGGUCGACACCUCGCCGUACUGGCUCGACCGGCAGUCGUGUCGCUGGCUCGGUCUGUGUGGUGUUUUCCAUCUCCGGUCGGAUCCGCCGGCACGCCAGGACGAAGACGAUGACAAUGAGGGAGACUUGAAAAGGUUGGAGUUGCGGUCGUGGGAGGCGCAUACGGAAAACAAAUGGGAUAAUGCCGCAGAAGGCGAUAAGGCGGAUGGGAAGAGACAGCUGAGGGAGAUACCGGACUAUGUGCUCAAGUUUGCACCGCUGGUCCAUCUCUAUUCGGGCGAAAACUUCUGGCCCACCGACAUCGCCGAUCACAUUAGACACAUGUCGCCCUAUGCAGAUGAUGAGAAAAUCAACGCUUCAGCACCGUUGGCUCUGCAAAACCUCCACUGGCUGGACUCCGAGGCUGGCUCUGUAUACUUGAAGAGUAACGAUGACGUAGAGUUGCGGCCCGAAUGGCUCCAUAGCCAUUUCAACGUCCCAUCACCCUUCCCAGAAAGCGAUGACCCCAUUAAGGCGCCCGCACCAGACAGCGGUGAUGAAGAACCCUUGUUGAGCGAAGACACGACCUGGUACGAGGUCGAUAGAGAACACCCUUUGCACAGGAUAGCCGAUCCCCGGAAGCGUCCUGGUGGCGGGUCAUAUCCCGAGGAUCGCAGACGGAAGAGGCGCUCGUCCGAGGCCCAAUAUCCCAUCGUUGAGACGCCUCAUUACAAGCCCGACAAUUCCGGGUAUUCUAAAGCUCCAGCGACCCUGGUCCUCGUGGACAAGGGCUCGGGCAUCGUCGACGCCUUCUGGUUCUUCUUCUACGCUUACAACCUGGGGCAGACCGUAUUGGGGAUCCGCUUUGGCAACCACGUCGGUGACUGGGAGCACUGCAUGAUCCGCUUCGAAGUUGGCAUCCCGCGUGCCGUCUUCUUCAGCGAGCACGAGGGCGGGCAAGCGUACGCCUGGCGUGCCGUGGAGAAGCGUGGCAACGACACGCUGACCCAGCGGCCGGUUAUCUACAGCGCCGUCGGCAGUCACGCCAUGUACGCCGCGCCGGGGUAUCACCCGUAUGUGCUGCCCUUCAAGAUGCUGAAGGACGUGACGGACCGGGGCCCGCUCUGGGACCCGGCUAAGAAUUUGAGGGGGUAUUGGUAUGAUUACAUGUCCACAGGCGAUGCGGGCGGGCUUGAGCCGGUAAGGGAAAAUCCGGACGAGCCGACAGACUGGUUUCAUUACGAGGGGCCUUGGGGAGACAGGCUGUACGGUCUAGACGAUCGGAGGCAGUGGAGGUUGUUUGGACAGUAUCAUUAUGUUACGGGUCCUGUAGGACCUAAGUUCAAGAACCUGGGGAGGGAGAGGGUGUGCCAGACUUGGAGGUGCAGGAUUUUGCAUAGCAUCGCGGAGGGCAAGAAGGGUAGUUGGAAUUCCUGA